CUGCAACAACAGCGACGCGGCUCAGCUGAAUCCGUGCACAAUUCACAUAAUUAUUUGGCAGUAAGUAACAGCAAUGGGACCAGCAACACCAACAGCAGCUGCAGCGCCAACGCCAAUAAUAUCAAGCACCAGUCCGCCACUCAAUAUCGCACAGGAUCGAACUUGGCAGCGCUCACCGCAAAUGUGGCACGCGCCAGCGUUGCUUUGACGACGCCUACCAACAGCGCCGGCGCCUCCCCACAGCCCAUGCAACGUCUACAGUAUCAGAAGCAGCGCCAGCCAAUGGUGGCCUCCGCUGCCGGCCACCAGACAGUGCACAAUCAUCGCUUCACCCCCGGCGGCAGCGGUGUCGGCGGGGGUGUGCCCAGCGGAUUUCGACGUGCACGCACGCGCGCCAUGUCUCCAGCAGUGAUGAAAGGGCCGCUGAGCGGCACGCACACCAGCAGCAGCAGCAACAACAACAACGCCGUUGGGGGGCCUGUUGGUGGCAUGCAAGUACACGCUUCACGCACUCUGCUAUUGCCGCGCAGCGCCAAUGUGCGCUCACAUUCCGUUGAUGCCAUUUCACGUCAUCGCCAUGGCUAUGACCCUGCCAAUGCGCUCAUACUCAAACACGAGGGCGGCGGCAUUACCAGCAGCGGCGUGCAUAGCGGCCACAGCGGCCACAGCUUGGGUGGCUCGAUUGGGGUGUCGAGCAACAUGGCUACAAAUACCCGCAUGAUGAAUUACAAAUACACCAGCGGGGCGAUGGGAGUAGGGGCAGGCAGCCCGGCCGCCGGCCAAGCCCUGCUGGUGCAACCUAUUUCGAGUGUGACAUUGUCGGCUAGCAAUGCGACAGCUUCGCUGCCAGCCGCCACCACAGUGCUCAAUACGGCAAGUGUCGGCGAUGCCGCUGCUGCAUUGGUAGCAGCAGCUGGUGGAUCGCCGGUUAUCGCUUCGGCCACCAACAGCCUGUACACCUUCUACCCAGCCGAAGGCAAUCUGCAAGUGUGGCAGUCAGAGUGCGGCGACCUCACAUACAAGUCGUCGCGAAAUCAACACACGCACAAGGCGCCGGUCUGCUGGACACAAUCUAUACCAAGGCAAACGAGACG